AGUCGCUGGCUGAGCUUUUGAUCGGCUGCUUUGCUGUUUUGCUGUCUCGGUCUCUUCCCGGAGCCUGAGCCCGAAGAGGCACGCGCGUGCGUGCGUGCGUGUGUUGUGCGAGGGACAGCGAGACUCGGGCCGGGAGGUUCCCGGCUGCCUCUUUCCCUUAGCCCAGGCAGCGGCAGUCCGCACCCUUGUUUGCUCGCCGCCCACUCGGUGUGCGGAGUGCGUCGCCUUUUUGAUUUUGGAACUUGUGAGCUGUUUUUUUUUUUUUUUUUUUUUUCCUUCCUUUUGGCUUGGUGCCUCCAGGGCUGGUCUCCCCGGCCCUUGCCUAACCGCUUCUGACCCCUGGUCACCAGCCCCGCCCCAGGUUGCUCCCCCUCCCCCGGCUCUGCCCCUUGGCCCCGGAGGGUGGGAAGCUUUGCCCAGCGUAGCCGCACCUGCCUCAGUAUGCUUGGGGUCAACGACCCUCCGCUUUUUAUAAAAGACAUUAAGGCCGGACUGAAAAACUUAAAUGUCGUCUUUAUUGUCCUGGAGAUAGGACGCGUGACCAAAACCAAAGACGGCCAUGAAGUGAGAUCUUGCAAAGUAGCAGAUAGAACGGGCAGCAUCACUAUUUCUGUGUGGGAUGAGAUCGGAGGGCUCAUACAGACCGGGGAUAUUAUUCGGUUGACCAGAGGGUAUGCAUCAAUGUGGAAAGGGUGCCUGACCCUUUAUACUGGAAGAGGCGGCGAACUCCAAAAGAUUGGAGAAUUUUGUAUGGUGUAUUCAGAAGUGCCGAAUUUCAGUGAGCCAAACCCAGAUUACAGAGGGCAACAGAACAAAACGGUGGAGAAUGAGAAGGAUAAAGCGAGCGUCAGUGCGUUUGGACCACUGGGAAAUGGUAUCCAGACUGGCCCUGAAUCAAGAGGAUAUCAUCUUCCAUAUACUGGUAGAAGCAAUGGCCGGGACCCCAUCAAUCCCCAGCUACCAGGAGCUCGUAGUAGUCAGACAGUCAUGACCACAAUCAGUAAUGCCAGGGAUCCAAGGAGAGCCUUUCAAAGAUGACCGGAACCAAAGAGACACAUGUAGUUGCUAAACUACCUGCCCUACUUGAACACUUAGUGCACUUUUUCAUUGUUAACUGUGAAAAGUUUGUCUCUUACGGGUUUCCUUGUAUAUUUUUGGUUUGUUGAGAAUGGUUGGUUUUUUACUGCAAGCGUUAAGCUGCUCGGUUACAUCCUUCCUAUUGAAGAAUAGGAACUCUGAAAGCAGGAACAUUUAUUUUUAGAGCCAGAACUUACUGGGUAUCACUUGAAAACCUGUCCCUGUUUCAAGGGUGAGUUGCUUAAGACACCAGCCUUAUAUAGCCGUGGUGAGUCUUCUCUGCCAUAGCGUUUCAUGGAAAAAUGUUCUUUUGUCUUAAACUGGGCUAUGUCCAGCUGAAGUGAUCUCCACCCCAGCCAGAAGCCUGACCAGUGCUGGCAGCAGUUUGAGUGCUUGUGACCCAGCCGUGGCUGACUGCCUGAAGUGACUGGCCUGCCGAUAAGAUUUGUCCAAGGACGGAAUCAUCCUACAUUCUUGUUCAAUUACCAGAGACCCAGAUUCUUUAUCGGAAUUACGGAAUAAAACUUGUAAUAUAUAACAAGUUAUCUUUAGAGGAAAACUGUUGAAGAUGAUAACGUUCUUACCAUUUGUUACAAACACUGAAGAAAAGUUUACAGCGGAGUCCUUGAAUGUUUUCUUUUUGAAACGACCAUGUGGCUGGGUGGGAACUCAUAGACCAGGUGGGUCUCUGAACUCCAGAGCUUCCCGUCUCCCUCGCCCAGGUGCUGUGGUGAAGUUGUGCACCAGCACCCCUGGCUGGCCUUACUAAAAACAAACCACUUGUAGAUAAAUGACAGUCAUGUGACUAUUACAGGUCAUCAGGUAGAAGGAGAAAUACUGGGGUGGGCACGGCCUCUCUUCUAGAGGAGUGUGUGUGCGCUUUAGUUUCCGAACCCAAAUCCCAGCCUUAUAAGCUAGGAUAAAUAGCUUAAGAAGUAUGUACCUCGAUUGCAGACGGUAGGGUGGGGGCUGUGUGUCCUGAUGUCUUGUUCUGUGAGGACACAGUCCAGUUCCCUGAACCUGCAGCAGCUCCGGUCUGGCUGCUCCCCAGCUCUUCCCUCACCUCACACACGGUCCAAUAACUACGUUUCUAUUCAGGUUCUGUAGCAUUUCGGUACAGCCGGGUUUUGUUCUCAUCCGUUUAACAGAUUUUCAGUUUGCAAUGUAUGAGGCUCCUCAUGGAGAUUAUUAUAACAGUUGAGGAUGCAGGGAAUUUACCUAUGGUUUAUAGGUGCAGGGCCUUGAUGUUAUAGAUAGUUGGUCGUUUGUUCAUACGUUAAUAAUUAUAGCUAAUUUUUAUUUUGUGAUUUUUUUUUUUAUGAUUUUUGUCUAUACUGCCGAGUGCUUCAAAAGAAAGUUACCUAAGAGUAAAAGUAAGCUUGUGUUUUGUAAUGACAGAUGUUUUAAAUAAAAAUAAUUUACAAGUUAAUGUUGACACUUAUUAAGAGGUAGGAGCAGCAGUACCUUUAUGUGUGGAAGAUGUGGUGUUGAAGGUAAUUCUAAAGAAGGAUUUGAACUUUGACAGAUUGAAGUAUGGUAAGGUGUGGAUCGUUAGACCCUCCAUUCUAACUGCAUUUUCUUCCAACCUGUGGUACCCAGGCAAGUCAUGAUUAGGAAAAACAGCGGUACUCCUGAGGAGUUAGGACUUGGAUGUAGGGAAUGACAAUGACUUCCGGUAAAUGAUCAGUCAGAUCUCGUAUGGUCAGAAUGUUAAUAGAGGGAAUAACCAGGUUCCGUGUGGAGGUGUCUGUGUGCUCUGCAAUACUGAGAUUAAGUAGAACAUGGCCUAAGAUUUUACUUACGAAUGACGCUUCUCUCAGUAAUUUGACAUGUUUAUGUGGUUUGAUGUAUUUAUUAACAAGUUUCUUUUUU